AUGACUCCACUCACCUCACCGACUGGCUGCCAGAGCUGUGCCAAAAAUCAGCAAGAGAAUCACCGAACACAGGAACACAGAAUUUUCAAUCUCUACCAAAUCCAGGAUGCCGAGAAACAACUGGACACAAUUCUCUUUGGCCCAGCAACAAAAUCCUCCAGUGCAGGUGAAAUGGAUAAUACAACUCCCUACGAUCCCUCACCGGCCACUGCUGCUCCUGUCUUGUCCUCUGACCAAGCUCCAGAUGUUGCUGCCACGAACUGCUGGCUCCGGCUUGGUGCCAAGCCAAAAGCCCUGGUUAGCUCCACGCCAACACACCCCGAGCCCCAGCUCAGAAGGAGGGGAGGUAAUAUCUCUCUGCAACGCACUGAUUGCCCUGUGAUCCAGCUGCAGAACAGGUACGAUAUUUUCAACUUUGACGAGUUUCCUGCCCUGGAUGGCAACUCAUGGCGGCCACCGGCUCCCAGGGAAUCAGAGAAGUCCCGUGGUGCUUCCCGCUCGCAGGCGUCCUCCAGCCAACCUGGUGGACUGGACGGUCGCCCCUCUACCAGCCGCUCUCUGCCUAACUUUACUCCAUCUUCGCAGGGCUUGUCCUGUGGUUGUUCAUCGGGCUGUUCUAUAUCACCUUCAAUGGUUAAAACUCUGGUUCCCUCUGCUGGUAUUACCGAACUCCCAGCCCUAUCCAUCCUCAGCUGUGGCUCCCCGAGAUGUCUCACCUCCAAGGGUAGUCUGCACUGA